AUGUCCGCCCCAGACCACCCACCAAGCCCGCCAACCUCACGAGGCACCAUCCCAAAACCCUCCCCAGGCGGGCCCGGCGCGACGGCGAACCAGCUGAUGGACCACCUGCAGAAGCAGCUCAAGGACGGCGAGGGGCCCAGCGGCAGCGGGAGCGGCGACACGGCGUCCGUGGCCUCGGGCCAGUCGACCACCAGCAGCAGCGGGCGCAGGCGGCGCCGGCGCAACAAGAACGCCCUCGCCAGGCAGGCCGCCAGCGGGAACACGACGAACCUGACCGGCCCCGGGGGCGCCCACUCCCUCCUCGGGCUGAACGGGAACGGGGGCGGGUCGUCCGGGAUCGGGCCCAUGGUCCCGAAGCCGGCGGGCAGCGGGGACGGCAAGACGCCCAAGCUCAAGAUCGACCUGAACCUCGAGGCGAACCUGGAGCUGAAGGCGCACCUCAAGGGGGAUCUGUGCCUGAGCCUGGUGGUCGAGGAAAAGUACUCGGACCGCGCGAGCGCCGAGGUGAAGAUGCCCAGGGAGGGCGGGCACGUCACGACGGAGCUGUUCUACAUGCGGGUCGGCAGGCUGCGCUUCCGGCGCACCUGGGUCGACGAGCGGGCCUUUAUGCGCGGGCAGUUCUUCCUCACGGCGCUGUCGGCCGCGGCGCUGCUCCUCGCCGGGUUCCUGGCGGGCCUGUCUGCCUCGGGGUACGUGCACGCCCGCCAGCAGCAGCAGCAGCAGUUUUACGCGGGAGGAGGGCUGGGGCUGGGGCUGGUGGUGUCCUCGUCGGUGUCACCGCCAUCGUCGGCAUCGUCGUGGUCGGUUGAGGGUGAUGGCGUUGAUCUUUGUGGCUGUAAUAUACACACGGCGUUGGGGGCGGUUGGGAACACGACACUGCUGGGUUGA